AUGAAUUGGCACCGCCAUCCAUUUCUAUUGUCGUUACUAGUAACACUAGCUACUGUACUCUGCCGGCAAAACCCUAAACCGCCAAUACCAUUCGAAUUCACUGCCAAGUUGUAUAAUAUCUCACUAGAGGAGAAUGCUCCGGGAACGGAAUUUGCCCGUUCCUCUGACCACGUACGGAUCGGAGUACCGCUACCACAUGGUGAUGCUACGGUCAAGUUUAAAAUCGUCGAGGGAGAUCGACAACAUCACUUCAAAGCGCACUCCAGACAAGUAGGAGACUUUGUGUUUUUGCGAAUUAGACAAAAAGAUCGAAUGGACACACCACUGAACAGAGAACUUAAGGGUCACUAUGAUUUCUUGGUGAAAGCUACCUGUCGACAAAAAGAUGCCGGUAAUUUGGAGGCUACAUCCAGAGUUCGAUUGACGAUAACGGAUCGAAAUGACGCUAUGCCGAUUUUCACAUUAGAAGCUGACAAAUACGAAGCAACAAUUAGUGAUCAAACAGCUCCGUUUACUGACGUUAUCCGUGUCGAAGCUUCGGAUGCUGAUGAGGGUAUCAAUGGUCAGAUAUAUUACUCUCUAGUCAAUCGAUCGGCUGAAUUCACCGUUGAUCCUGUAACUGGUUGGAUUCGUACCUUGAGACAUUUGCGUAGUGGUGUGUAUAAUAUGAAAAUAACUGUGACGGAAUCGAAACGUCGGCAUCUCAAGUUGCUUGUGGCUAACAAAGAGAUUAAUGGAUAUCGCUCGGACGUGCAACAGUUAGCAGCCGUGGUUAGAGUGGAAGUCCCACCAAAUGAGGCAGCACUAGCUGGUCCUAUCCAUGUCGACGUUGUAGAAGACGAUCUGAAACAUUGGUUUUCUCUUGUGGAAAGCGGAAAGCUCGAAUGGCAACUGUACACAGUGCCUGGGAAAUUGGUUCCACCGAAAACAAACGUCACCUUGUCGGCCGGUCAAGAGCUCGCCUCAAGUGGUAUGGUCAAUACGACGGCGAACAUCAAGAUUGAAGUUGGCGAGCCACAUUCAAUUGCAUUUUACGACUCUGCCGUUUCAUUCUAUGUAAACGAAUCUGCACCAUUUGGUUACAUCAUCGGAAGAGUUUCUGCAAACGCUCUAUACAAACAAGAUGAGCGAAACAUUAGAUAUUACCUGGAGUCGCGGGAGAAUACGACUGUUCCUUUUCAAGUAUCGGUGGAAUUCGGCAUUAUACGUGUGGCUAAAGAACUAGAUUUUGAAACGCAACGGGAGUAUAGCUUUAAUAUUUUGGCAAAGCUUGCUGGUUUUGGUGGGCAGAGUUCUAUUGUGGUUAUGGUCUUCGUAAAAGAUUCCAACGAUCAUUCUCCCAUGUGGUCCGCUAAAUCGAAACGCCAAGGUCCAGUUGCUGUUUCUAGUGAUCUUGCCGUUGGUACGACUAUUUUGAAGGUGGACGCAUUGGACUUGGAUUCUGGUGAGAAUGCUCGCAUCGGUUACAAGUUAUCGUCAAGCUUGCAAGUCCCAUUCGCCAUUAAGUUUGAGACUGGGGAGAUUUAUUUAUCGACUCCUUUGAGAAAUGGAGAGAAUGAUUGGAAUGUGGCGGUAUGGGCUGUAGAUGCCGGGGGACCUCUGCCACGAUACGCUGUUCUUAAUUUAAUUUUUUAUCGAAACGGAACAAAGGUACCAUCCAAACCAAAGUCAUCAGUUGGCUCUGAACCCGUUAAUAAGCAUGCUCCUUUGUUAGAAGAGUUUCGUGCACCUGUUGAUAUCCGGGAAGAUUCCGCUAUUGGGACGGCAGUCAUCGCCGCAUCUGCUACCGAUACUGACGUCGGAUACGGUGGUUUAGUCAGGUUCUCGUUGUGGGAUGACCACUUCUCAAUUGAUGCCGACAAUGGAGUGGUCAGAGUCGCCGGCGAUCUCACCGAACUGAUGACACCUGGGAUUUCGGAGCUUCGUCGUGACAUCGAGAUAGUUGCUUCUGAUGAAGGAUCACCGAGGAAGAGCUCCAAUACUACCCUACAGAUUGUCAUCGUGGACGUCAAUAAUCAUGCACCGCAGUUCCAAGAACAUUGGUAUCGAAUCCAUGUGAGCGAGGACACUGUAGUAGGCACUGUCUUACUGAAGAUGACAGCGACUGACGACGACGGCGGUGAGAAUGGUAGAGUCGGUUAUCGGCUCUCCGGAGGAGAAGGUGAAUAUGUCCAGAUAGACGAGAACACUGGAGAACUGACCUUGUCUCGCGCUCUUGAUAGGGAAGAAAACGACAUCUUGCGCUACUCGGCAAUUGCGUUUGAUCAUGGCUCACCGUCACAAAUGUCAGUAGUAAAUCUCACCAUAGAAGUUGCAGAUGUCAAUGACAAUGCACCUUUCUGUCUGGAAGCAAUCACUACGAUCGAUUAUUUCCAGGUACGAAUCCCAGAAGACUAUCCUGACGGCGCACUUGUUGGAUGUGUGGCUGCAACCGACGCUGACGUUGGAGCGAAUGCACGUCUGAGAUUUUCAGUUGAGUCAGAACAAAGUGGUAUUACUCCACCGUUCAAAAUAGACCAUCGUACUGGUUGUGUCUUCAUUCAUUCACCUCAUCAACCGCUGGAUUUUCAACGCAAAGCGAGCUACAACAUGACUAUCGAUGUAGCUGAUAACGGCGAAACAGUUCUUAGCACUACCUGCUCAUUCGUAGUUGAAUUGGAAGAUGUGGAUGAGAAUCUUUUUCCUCCGGAAUUUGAUGAUGCGACAGAUCAAGACAAUCCAACAGCAACAUCAGCUAUUGACUACAACACUGUUGGUGGAAAUGGCAUGGCUUUCUUCUCCAUCGAUGCUUCUGGCACUAUCCGUACUACACAAGUGUUAGAUCGUGAAGAGCAGAGCAGCUACUGGCUGACGAUCGAGGCGAGUGACAACCCCCAAUCUCGUGUGGCUAAGACUGGUGUGCUGCAUGUAUUCGUUCGUGUUCUCGAUCGCAACGAUCAUCGUCCUGUUUCGUUUCUACCAAUAUACUACGCUAAUGUCAAAGAAAACUCACCUCAGAACAUUGUCGUCAUAAAAAUCGAUGCCAUCGAUGGUGACGAUGUGGAUUCACAAUCGCCAUCACCGUUACAUUACAAAAUCGCCAAGGGUGAUCCGCAGAGCUUCUUCCGGAUUGAUGACCAUACUGGAUACAUUACCACAUCUGGUUCUCGUCGGUUGGACCGUGAAACCCAGCGUGAGCAUGAACUUUCGGUAGAGGUAUGCGAUUCUGGAGAACCACAGCUUUGCUCGAAUGUUCCGGUUGUGGUAUCCACUCUUACGAUCCAAGCAACCGAUCGAGGCCGACCGGCUCAAAUGACUCAAGCACGAGUUGUUCUGACGGCUGUUGCUGCACCUCAACGUGCAAACGAUUCAGAUAAUCGCGCUCCCCAGUUUUUAAAGAACACCGAAAAAAUCCCAGUAUCGGAUGCUGAUCAGGUUGGGUUUACCAUCGGUAAAUUAGAGGCUAUGGAUCCAGACGGGGAUGCGAUAUGGUGGAGUAUCAUUGACGGAAAUCUUAAUGAGACUUUCUCGUUGAAAGCAGAUAGUGGACUAUUGCAACUUUCCAAACCUAUCGAAAGUGUUCGCCAAAAUGUCUCAGUAGUUAUUCUUUCAAUUCAAAUCAGCGAUGGUCAACUCAACGAGACGGCUACGGUCGUUGUUGAAUUGUCGCGUUCUCCCACCAUUCGACCACAGUUCUCAGCAAAACAUUAUAAAACUCAAAUCUCCGAAAAGACUGCAGUAGGCACUCAAAUCUAUACUGUUCGUGCCAGAACCAGUGAUGCUGUUUCUACUGCGAAACCCUUACUUACUGGUAGUGUUCUGUUGAUGGAGUCACUUGACUAUGAAGUAUGCCGUGAGAUACGUGCAAUAAUUUUCGCAAAACAAGGUGCACUGGCGAACUACGUUACACUUACGAUUACCGUAACCGAUGACAACGACAACCCUCCUCGAUUUGUUCAUAAGGAUUAUUUCGUUACACUAGCACUAAGGUCAGCAGUGGGCUCAUCAGUCGUCACUGUACUGGCUCAUGACUCUGACUCCGGUGAAAAUGGUGUAGUGAAAUACAGUAUCACUAGUGGAAACGAGCUGGGUUUCUUUUCUUUGGAUCCUGUUCUUGGAGUGAUUCAAGUUGCUAAAGUUCUGCCUAGCGAACACACGGAAACAAUUCUGACUGUGAGAGCGACAGAUGGCGGUAAAUACCCACUCAGUGACACUACAAAUGUUCGUAUUCAAACAACUGAUUACGAUGGUGUGGGACUCCGAAUGUCGAGAGCUCUAUAUCAACGAACAAUCAAGGAUUCAACACCACUUGGAACGUUGCUUCUCGUUGUAAGUACGCGGCCUAAUGGAGGAGUACGAUACAGCAUAAAACAGCCUUGUCCGUACUUUGAAGUUCACGCUGCCUCUGGAGCUGUGUCUUUGAUUCGUUGGUUAACAAGGGAACGGGCCAAGAGUAUUGGAUGUACAGUGAUGGCGAGGAAUCGAGCAGGUUUAGAAGACACGGCUAAGAUCGUAAUAAAAGUGGCGAGCACUAAUCAGAAUGCUCCGAUAUUUAAGCAACAAGUCUAUCGUGGCUUCAUCCGGGAAAACAAUCCAAGUGGUUCUUCUGUGUUAUUGGCGGACAACUCUCCUCUACUGGUUUCGGCUACGGAUAAGGAUAUCGGUCCUAAUUCUCUCAUCGGUUACAGACUACUUAACACCAAUGAACCGUAUUUUGUUGUUGAUUUUGUGACAGGAGCCGUUAGAUCAAGGAAGCCAUUGGAUUAUGAGGUGGUCAAGGAGUGGAUGUUCUACGUACAAGCCAGUGACAUGGGAGAACCGAGACUUUCGUCACCAGUUCCAGCUAUGGUAGUCGUGUCAGUGCUCGACAUCAAUGACCAAAAGCCCGUAUUCACCAUGUCCAUUUAUGAAGUUGAUCUUUUGUUACCAGUUGUUGCCGGCGUUGUAGUGGCGAGACCAUCAGCUGUAGACAAGGACACUGUUGGAAAGUUAAGGUACACUAUCAAGGGAGAUGUUCAUUCAAAACUGUUCACAAUCAAUUCUACUGAUGGUUCAAUCGUUCUGAUUCAGCCACACCCAAAGCAUUUGAAUGAGUCCAAAUAUGAGAUGGAUGUGCUUGCAUCUGAUGGUGUUCACACGGCGACCUCCUCCGUUAGAAUAAAUAUCCGUAAACCAAAUACUGAAGCAAACGGUUUUCGGUUUUCACAGAUUGAAUACAAUACCAAUGUCAGAGAGAACACUACAUAUUCUGCUGGAGAGUCGCUUUUGGCUGUGAGUUUUAUUCUCAGUGAAGUUCUCGGUUGGCUUGGGCUGGUUACUGCUAUUGGUGCUCCAGAAGGCGUAAGUGUAACAUACCGUAUUAUGAAUGAACGAGAAGAGGUCUUCAUCCAUUCUGGCACUGGGCUGAUCGCUCUCACAGGAAAACGUAUCGUAACGAUCCGUGUGGACGACGUCAACGAUUGCGCUCCCACGUUCGUUGGGUUGCCAUACGAUAUAGUUAUCAGUUCUGAUUCGGUCAUAGGAGAAAAGGCACUUUCAAUUAAGGCAAUCGAUCGUGAUAUAGGAAUGAAUGGAAUUGUUCGUUACCAAAGUGCAACGCUUCCACCUGUGUUCAAACUAAAUAAACAUGAUGGAAAGAUCACAGUGAACGGAAAGUUGGAUACGUCUUCAGUGUAUCGCUUUGAAGUCGUGGCAAUGGAUCAAGGAACCCCUGUGCUGAAAGCAAGCGAAGAAGUGCGAAUUCAUGUAGUCGAGAGAGCACGGCCAAUUUUCACUAAGAGACAGUACUAUGCUAGUAUUUCUGAAGGAUCGAAGAAGAAAACCGUGGUAACGAAGGUGAAAGCAUCCAGUAGUGUCGGAGGUCACUUGAUUUACACCGUUGAAAGUGGGAAUGAUGAUAACCUUUUCGUUAUUGACAUGGAUACAGGUGUGAUCAGCGUGAAUGGAGAGUUGGAUGCAGAAGAAACGGCUGCAUACAAUUUAACAGUAAUGGCUAGAGAUGUGAUUGGAAUCAACGACAACGGUCCUCGAUUUGAGCAUUUUGAGUACCAAGUGAAUGUGAGUGAAUCAACUCCAGUUGGUAGCAAACUGCUCACUGUUAAAGCUAUAGAUCCUGACCGUGGUAAUGGGCUAAUUAGCUACGCCGUUAGUGGCGGUGAUGCUUCUAUUGUUCAUCUGGACUCGACAAGUGGAGUAGUCAUUUUAGCGCAAAUGCUAGACUAUGAGAAAAAACAGCACUACGAUGUUACGGUUGUAGCAGCCGAUGAGUCACAGCUUAGCGGAGAAUCCAGACUUGUACUAAUGGUUGAAGAUGUAAAUGAUGAAGCACCACGUUUCUCUACUCCAUUCGCGUCAGCAGUGAUCUCUGAUACGGCAACGUCAGGACACUUCGUCGCCAUAAUGAGCGCGACUGAUGAAGACACCGUAUCCUCCAUCCCAGGUGGUCAUCGCUUUCUCUAUUCGGUUAUUGAAGGCGACGAGACGCUGUUCUCCGUUUCGGAGAAUAGUGGUGAAGUAACACUACUUCGCCCUGUUGACAAUGAUGAUGUUGUAACAAAUGAUGGAAAGAAGAUCUUGAACGUCUCAGUCUCUGACGGAUUGUUCACCGCCUAUGGCCAACUAACGGUUUCCAUAACAGUUUCUGGACGAAGGCAGCCUCCUCCACGAUUUGAACAGAGCCAAUAUGUAGUUGCAGUACGCGAAAACAAUGUUCUGACCAACAAAACUUCCAUUCUUAUGGUGCAAGCUCGUGAUGGUGUAGCGCCUCUCCACUAUUCAAUUGGCAGUGGGGAAAGUCGAAUGCGACCUCUUCGGAUUGAAAAACUGACUGGGAGAAUUCAUCCAAAGAUCGUCUUUAAUUACCAAAGGCAGAACAUUUAUAAAGUUCCGCUCGUGGUAGAAGAUGCUUUGGGUCGACGUGCUUUCAGCACACUGACAGUGAUGAUCGUCGACGAGAAUGACUGCGCUCCAGUGUUUGUAGUCUCGAAAUAUACAACAUCAGUCUCAUCAGGAGCUCGUGAAGGUGAAGCACUUUUAAUGGUGUCUGCAAUUGAUGAUGACGUUGAUGAUGUUGUGGAAUAUACACUGGUUGACAAUGGCGUGGCGAGUUCUUCAUUCAAGCUUCAUCACCGUCACGGUACCCUGUCCGUCUUGAAGCCUUUGGAUUCACUAGUUGGGAUAUCGCUAAGCUUAUCUGUGCGUGCUACGGACCAAGCAAAUCCACCACAUCAUGCCACUGCCGAAGUCAUGGUCAUGGUCCUACCUGGAGAAACUCCUAUACCCAGGUUCAGCAACAAUCAUUACCUGUUUGUGAUUUCUGAAGACUCAGUGGUCGGAACUGUUAUUGGAAAACUGCAACAGAUUGAUCUAGACGUUGCCGAAGUUCGUUUUUCCAUUCCUGACCCACCUGAUGAUUUUCCCUUUACAAUAGAAAGAUCGAGUGGGAAGCUGAUUGUACGACAGGCACUGGAUAGAGAGAAGAGAGAUGUUUGGCGAUUCACAGCACGUGUAGAUGCUGCUGGUGGAGCUCAUUCAAUGACUACUGUAACCGUACGCUUGUCAGACGUUAACGACAAUGCCCCGAUGUUUUUGGGUGCUUACGAUCGAAUGUCGAUUACCGAGGAUGCACCAGUUGGAACAAGCAUAGCCGGAUCACAAGGUGGUAGUGCGUUCAAAGUCGAUGCCGAAUCUGGAUGGUUAGUUGUCGACUCUCCACUGGAUCGAGAACGUCAAUCAUUACAUGAACUCGUAGUGCGUGCAACUGAUGAAGGAGGAAUGUUUACGGAUCAUAAGUUCAAAGUUGAGGUAACUGAUGUUAAUGACGAACCUCCUCGUUUCGACGAGAAUUUCUACAUUGUCAGUGUUGAUGGCAAUCAUUUGAGUGUUAAUCAGAUCAUCGCUAGGGUUGUCGUGACGGACAAAGAUUUACCGCCGUUCAAUAACAUUCGCUUGUUCAUUAGUAGAGGAAAUGAUGACGGUCUUUUCAAAAUUGACGACUCUGGCAAGGUUUCAAUUGCUCGAUUGAACCAUGUGAGAGAGAUCUACAAUCUGACGCUGCUGGCCUUCGACGGAACUCAUGCGACAAAUGCGAUAAUGAUGGUGACUCUGACUUCUAGUACUUCGUCGGCAUUUGAGUGCCAUCCGGAUAACGUGAUAACAGUAAGAGUUCCUGAAGACGUUUUGCAAGGCAGUGAGAUUUAUCACGAGGAAUCCAGCGUUAGUCUCGCUGGUGCUCGAUAUCUGCUAAUUUCAUCAGAUCCGUUGUUACCGUUUACUGUUAACCAGGAUACGGGAUCUAUUUCCGCAAAAGCUCCUCUUGAUGCUGAGACGAGGAAGAAGCACACUUUCGUUCGCCAACGGGAACUGAAGGAUGCUAUUUCACCUUGUAAUGAACCGGUAGAAGUACAAGUACUGGACGUCAACGAUGAGUCGCCAGUUUUCGUACGAGACGAGUUUGUCGUUUCUAUACGUGAAAACGAGCCAGCAAGUUACAAUGAAAGAUAUUUCCUGACAAGAGUCCAUGCUGUCGACAAGGAUUCUGGCACUUUUGGACGUGUGAAGUACAGCUUUGUAUCUGGUCACGAUGCGUUCGUCAUUGACAGUGAGACAGGUGCUAUCACAGUAAAUCGACCGCUGGAUCGAGAGAAAAACCAGGAGUAUUUGCUUCGAGUACUAGCACAAGAUUCCGACCCCAUUAAGCCAAGGAGUAGUGAGGCGGUAGUGUGUAUCACAGUUGUUGAUCAAAACGACAAUCCUCCUGUAUUCGAGAAGAGCGAGUACAUUCUACAGGUGAUGGAAUCGGAAUCUGUUGGAUAUACGUUGAUGACGUUGCGAGCUAUAGGAGGUGAUGAUGGGGAGACGGUAAGCUACAUGUUGAGAGAGAAUGGAAGCCACAAUGCUUAUGUUGAGCUGGAUAAAAGAAAUGGAGUUCUCAAACUGGCCAAAGGGUUAGAUUUUGAAAAGGAGCAAUUGCUAUCGCUUACGAUCAUUGCCACGGAUUCCGGUGACCCACCAUUAUCAACGGAAACUACUGUCACGAUACAGGAAAUAUUUUUCCGCCAAAAGUUCAUCGUUGGAAGGCUUAUUCAGGUAUUGGAUGAAAAUGACAACAUUCCCAUUUUCGCAAAAGAGAGCUAUAAGGCGGCUGUAGAUGAAAAUUCUCCUAACGGUACGAAAGUAUUAAAGGUGAAAGCUGUUGAUGCGGACAGUGAGCAUUAUGGUCGUGUCGCAUAUUCCAUAAAAGCCGAUUCCGGUCCAUUUCAUAUUGAUGACCAAGGAUGGAUUACGGUAGUUGGCCUUCUGGACCGAGAAUUAAAGUCCUAUCAUCGUCUUCAAGUUGAAGCGCAUGAUGGUGGUGAACCGGCUCAAAGAUCUGUGGUCACUGUUGUGAUUGAUGUGAACGACUUAAAUGACAAUGCACCGGUGUUUGUCGAUUGUAAUAUGACUGCAGUAGUUCAGGAGGGUGUGAUGCCUGGUCAUAUUAUUCUUACUCUGUCCAUUACUGAUGCAGAUGGUCCUUCUUUUGGUGCACCAUUUCGAGUAGAAGUUCAUGGAGAAGGAUCAAAGGCCUUCACUGUUGACGAACAAUACAACCUGGUCACAGUGACACGAUUUGAUCACUCGAAAAGAGAUCGGUUUCUGCUCACGUUAAUCGCUUAUGACCGUGGUAAUCGCUCGACAGAUUGUCCAAUAACAAUAUUUGUACGUGAAGAAAGUCGACAUCCUCCACGGAUUUCACCGCUUCGGAUUCACCUUAACACACUUAUGGGAGAGUUCAGAGGUGGAAUCAUAGGGACCAUUAUCGCUGAGGACGAGGACGCUGGUGAUAUGUUACGGUUUUCUUUGGUAGAUGGAAGCAUACUUGGUCCGCUACCCACUGAAUCGCAUCCACGACCUCAUGUCACCAAACCACAUUUCUUUCGAGUUAAUACAAAAACAGGCGAGAUCUGGAGCGAUCAUGAGAUUCCUGGUGGACUACAUGCGUUCAACGUGUCUGUCACUGAUGGGAAGUUUUCCACUGUCAGCUAUGUGGAAGUGGAGGUUAUGACGCUUGAACAGGAUGCUGUUGAUCACGCUGUCUCUUUACGUAUAAAAGACAUGACAGCUCUGGAGUUCUUCUCAACACACGCCACCACUUUUCGAGAAAUCUUCGCACGGCAUUUAAAUGUCGAUCCAAGGAAUAUUCAGCUGUUAAGUGUACAGGAAACGCAAGUACGACCUCCUCGUGCGUUGGUACCGGAAUCAAAAGCUACUGAUGUUGACAUUCUAUUCACCGUAUCACGAGGAGGGGGUCGUGGAAUGCUGAAGCCAGAUCACGUGUACACAAGACUUAAGCAUGACUUCCAGAGUAUUGCAGAUCAGAGCGGAAAAAUGAAGUACCAGCUUAUUACUGAAAUGUGCACUCCUGGAGUUUGUCAGAGGGGUGAGUGUCGUGAGCGAGUUUAUCUUGACGAUCAGCAGCAGACAGUAAUUUCGUCUGGCAGCUUUUCGUUCGUUGCUCCUCGCCACAAUCGUCUGGCAGAGUGUAUCUGUCCCGAAGGUUAUGGGGGAUCCAGCUGUGAAUUGGAAGUGAACGCCUGUGCUCGUUCUCCAUGUCAUCCGUGGGAGAUGUGUGUUCCAUCAGAUGGUGCCAGAUUUGAAUGUAUUUGUCCACCCGGCUCUUCGGGCAACCGUUGUUCCGAGGCAUCCUGUUCAAAUGAAGGACGAUGUUUGGAAGAAGCCGAGUUAUCGGUAGGUGGUAAUGGCUACUUUGAAAUGUCGAUAGCGCAUGAAAUGGAAACACGAUUGGAAUUAGAAGUGGAGUUAAAGACAACAACAUUCAAAGGUGUUAUAUUGCAUGCCGACGGACCGAGCGAUUACCACACCCUUGAGCUUGUCGACGGCCGAGUUAUGUACCGUUGGGACGCAGGUUCUGGAGAGGCGAGUGUGUCCACUGUUAACUCAAUCGCUGACGCCCAGUGGCAUCGUGUUUCUGUGAGCCGUCGUGGUCGAAGAACGAGGCUACAACUCGACGGAACUGACAUGAAGGAAGGGUGGAGUCCUACUGAAGUGUUGCAAAAACCCGACAAGGGCUUCGACUGUACUCGGCAACUACCGGCUGCCGAGCAAUGGCGGCCACUCCGUGUUCAGAAGCUCCUUGUGGUAAUGGAGGGACAUGCCAUGUUAUUGAUAGGACUUAUAGCUCGCUACACCGGUGCAAAUUGUGAAAUUGACUCCGAUCCAUGCGGUUCUCGCCCAUGCCCACUUGGUAUACAAUGCAUUCCAUUCUACAACGAAUAUCUCUGCAAAUGUCCGAACGGUUUUACUGGAAAGCGAUGCGAAAUUAGAGGAUACGGUAUGGAAGAUGCAUGUGCAACCGAGCCAUGUGGUCUGCAUGGUACAUGUAUUCCAAUUCCUCGUCAAAACACGUAUAAUCUCGGAUAUAUUUGCAAUUGCACUCAUGGGUUCUCUGGGAAGACAUGUGAUGGUACGAUUUGA